UUUGCUUGACGUAAUUUUAUUUCAUUAAUCAUUUCACUUCGAUUGUUGUUAAAGUAGAGUAUCAAAAUAAGAAGGUAGUCUUUCAAUUCUAAUUGUUUCGUGUAAAAUUAUAUUCCAAUUAGAAUAACCCAUUAGGUAUACUUUUCGGACAAUGAUAACUAUGUGUAUACGCCAAAACAAAUAAAAAUAACCCUAAAACUGCCGCAAAAAAAUAAGCUCACUAAAAUAAAAUGGGUUCUAUAACUCAUGCGUGCACCUUUGUGAUAUUAACUUUAUUCAUUAGUGAAUGUACGCCACGUUCUAUAGAAGACGACGAAACGUUCCUGGCUAAGCCUAAGUACACUACGUACAAAGAUUUAAUUACCUUAUUCGAUGGAUUAGAAAAAAGUUACCCGAAUUUAGCGAGAAGUUACUCUAUCGGCGAAUCGGUGGCUGGUAGAGAGUUACUAGUGUUGGAAAUCACUCAGGAUGUGAAUAAUGUGCACCCGGGGCGGCCGGCGUUCAAAUAUGUAGCCAAUAUGCAUGGCGACGAAUCACUUGGUAGGCAAUUGGUGAUCUACCUGGCCCAGUACCUCCUGAUCAACUAUGGGAAGGACGAAAGGAUCACCAGACUGGUGAACACUACUGAUAUACACCUAAUGCCGUCCCUGAACCCUGAUGGAUUUGCUGAGAGUAAGAUCGGCUGCGAAUCCCAGGCCAAAUAUGUGGGUCGCAACAACGAAGCGGGCGUGGAUUUGAACCGCGACUUCCCCGACCAGUUCGAUAAGGACCGAGCCAACACGGACGAGUACUUGUACAAGAACAGGCAGCCGGAGACGCGGGCCCUCAUCAAGUGGGUGCUGGGCAAGCAGUUCGUGUUGUCUGGAAACUUGCACGGGGGCGCUGUCGUUGCUUCGUACCCGUACGACGAUUCAGUGACCGGCGCGGAAUGCUGCGAAGAGAGUCUGUCCCCCGACAAUGCGGUGUUCAAGCAGCUGGCCAACUCCUUCGCGUCCAGACACGUCGAAAUGAGACGAGGAAACACUUGCCCCCCGGAUAACUUCACUGAUGGACUGGUGAAUGGCGCCUACUGGUAUGGGGUCAAAGGCGGCAUGCAAGACUUCAACUACAUCAACUCGAACUGCUUCGAGGUGACGUUCGAGCUGUCGUGCUGCAAAUAUCCGCCUCCAGACAAGCUGCCGGGCUUCUGGGCUAUGAACAAGGAGCCUCUGCUCGCAUACAUUGAGCAGACGCAUAUCGGCGUCAAGGGCUUCGUGCUGGAUGAAGAAGGGGAACCAAUUAAGGACGCUAAGAUCUCCGUGGAGGGUAUAAACCACACUGUGAAAACGACUGAUCUGGGCGAGUACUGGAGGCUGCUGACUCCUGGAGAAUACAACAUCACGGCCACCGCUCAAGGUUACGCGCCCUCGCCAACAGUGACCGUCAAGGUUCCCGUGAACCAGACAACAGCAAUGACCACCAAUUUCACGUUACAACGGCGCCCGCGCACCGCUGACGAGCAUAAGAGGACGCAGCGUGACAUCGACGGCAUUUCAGAGCCGGAUUUUGUCCACCACAACUAUCUGAAGAUGGAGACCUAUCUCCGAGAGCUUAACGAAAAGUAUCCUGACAUUACCAACUUGACGAGUAUAGGGGAAUCUGUCGAGGGUCGGAAACUGUACGUGUUGGAGGUGACCAGGAACCCAGGAAUCCAUAUACCCGGCAAACCCGAGUUCAAAUACGUGGCCAACAUGCACGGCAAUGAGGUGGUCGGACGCGAAUUGCUGCUGCUUCUAGCGAAGUACCUCUGUCAGCAGUACGUGGCUGGAGACGAGAGGGUGCAGCGUCUACUCAACACCACCAGGAUACACCUGAUGCCCACUAUGAACCCUGAUGGUUAUGAAAGGGCAGUCGUAGGUGACUACAGCGGUACGAAGGGUAGAUCGAACGGUCACCAUGUGGAUUUAAACAGGAACUUCCCGGAUCAGUACGGAUUGACUAAGAGCAACGCGAACUUCGAGCCGGAGACGGAAGCGGUGAUGCGGUGGUCGCAGUCGAUACCGUUCGUGCUGUCCGCGAACCUGCACGGCGGCGCGCUGGUCGCCAACUACCCGUUCGACGGUAACCAGGACAUGCGCGGCGGACACGAGAACCCCACGACGGACAACGAUCUGUUCGUACAUCUGGCGCACUUGUACUCGGACGCUCACCGCAAAAUGCAUUUAGCACGGCCAUGCAAGGAUUUGCCUAACGAGAAGUUCCCGGGCGGUAUCACCAACGGCGCUAAAUGGUACGUGCUAGCCGGCGGUAUGCAGGACUGGAACUACAUGCACACUAACGACAUGGAGCUGACCCUCGAGCUGGGCUGCACCAAGUUCCCGCCCGCCUCCGACCUGCCCACCUACUGGCAGGACAACAAGGAGGCCCUCCUGCAGUACAUUGAACAGGUGCACAAAGGGGUACACGGGUUCGUGCACAGCCACAUCGGGCACGCGCUGGCCAACGCGACCAUCUCCGUGAGCGGACGUCGCCACGCGGUCCGCAGCGGACGCGACGGCGACUACUGGCGGCUGCUGCUGCCGGGCACCUACAACAUCACCGCCGCCAGGGACGGUUACGAAUCGGUCACAGAACAGAUCAUUGUACCGGAGAACGGGUCGCUGAGUUACAACUUCACGCUGAUGGCCGACGAUCCACAGCACUGGUCCUCUGCUUACGAUUUCCGAGUCCUGGACAACGUAGUUAAUACUCGGUACCACACACCGCUGGAGCUGUACGCGAUGCUAUCAGACCUCGAGAACAAGUACCCGGACAUCGCGGAGUUCAGGUCCGGGGACAGCCUCACCACUGCCACCUUCCAUCAGCUGAAGAUGACGGAUCAGGUCGGUUCACCAGAAGAAAAUAAAUUCCACAUCGCCAUAAUGAGCAGCUUUUACGGCUCUCAACCACUAGGCCAGGAGAUGGUGCUGAACUUCGCUCGGCAUGUCGCUACCGCGUACACAAUAGGAGAACCCAUCCAUCAAAGACUCCUCCAAACCACCGUCCUACACUUCAUACCAAACCUCGAUAUCUUAUACGAGAAAUUAUUAAAACAGUUCGACAGUACUGACAAAUGCGAGGUGGAACUGCUAGAAGAAGAAUUCGGAGACAGCCUUUACAAUUUUCUAACAAAUAAAAAUCUCAAUCCUCUAUCGAAUUACACUAGAGAAAAGGCAUUUAUCAAUAUGCUGACAGCAGAGAAGUACGAUCUCGUUCUAGAACUAGCUUCGGGGACAGAGGAUGUCGCUUAUCCUGAGUUAUCUAGGGGUGUGUACCAGAAGUUCGCGCAGAAGUACCAGGAUUACAGAAAUCCAAGCAAUAAAUAUGACUGCACGUCAUCUAAUAUAAAUAUAGUGCAUGGAAAUUUAAUAGAUUUGUUACGUGAAAGAUACAAUACGCCGAUAAUUUCUGUUGGGCUCAGUUGUUGUAAGAUGCCUGUGGAAGAAGAGAUUGCUUGGGUAUGGAGAAACAACCUGAGGGGUAUUAUGCAGUUUGUUGAAUUGACCAAGACUGGCGUAAUGGGGUACAUAAAGAACGAACAAGGCGCGCCGAUGCGGCGGGCGGUGCUAACAGUACAGUACGCUGGAAAGGAGGGUGAGGCCGCUGAUGAGGAAUCCGUGCGGGUGUCACCCAACAUGGCACACUACCGCGCGCUGUUGCCGCCCGGGGACUACCGCGUGCUUGUACGUUGUCACAACUACCGCGAUCAGACAUUCACAUGGCGGGUUGUUGAUGGAGUGUUGAAGGAAAAAGACAUAAUACUGCAACGUGAAAACGCCGAAAGUCUCCCUGGAGGGCAGUAUCCAGAAUUGAAGGUCACGGACAGCGAUCCCAACACCAUUUACAUCACAGGUUUAAUUUUGGACCACGACAGCCAACCGCUAAAUAACGCACAACUCAAGAUAUUCACUCUGAGCUCUAUAAAGCCCAUAUCGACCAAUAGCAGCGAUGAAGCGGGCCGCUUUAUGCUCUCUGUGCCGAAGAGGUAUACCGGCAAGGAAGUACUGGUGUCGGCGUCUGUCGACGGAUAUGUCACUAAACAAAAACAUAUUAUGACAAAUUCGAAGGAUAACUGGACACAGAAUGUUCUAUUCAAGCUGGAGAAAGACGACUAUGUGCUCGGUCUGCCACGGCUUAUAUUUGUCAUGCUAGCGGGCGUAGUAGGCGUGGGGGUGGUGACCCUGGCCGCUUGGUGCUUCAGCUGCCGCCAGAGGGCGCGGGAGUCGCGGCGGGAGUACCUGUUCGCGCCGUUACCGUCGGACGACAAGCGACCGCUAUGCGAGGACACCAACUAUGAAAUAAUACGUAAACCGUACUACGACGUUGAAGACUUGCCCCCAUCGGAGACGGACUCCGAAGAGGAGAUAGUGCUGCUCCGCUCAGACCGCGAGUGGAAACCCGUCGAACAAGAAUAACUCACUGGAACUGUAAAAUAGAACAUGCCAAACCGAAGGACCAUACCGUGGACAGAGAGUAUUGGUCUAACCAGUCUUCAGUCAGGAACUUUUGUCCUCACAUAAAACGGUAACAAUGCCUACUGAAUCAAGACUACUGUGGACAGAGCUUACUCAGUUAAAGAGCUUAUGUUCGUGGACAAAAUUUUCAAAAGACAAAAACAUUUGAAAUCAUACAAUUAUACCAUAUAUAUAUUUAUAUAGGUAGACUUACACAUUCGAAGAACUUUUUGUCUACGAACAAAUUAAUUCGACGAGAUUCUUCUUCGACGUCCUUUGUAAUUCGACGAGAAAUAAUCCUCGCAUACAUUUAAGUCAUAAUAAAACCCGUAAUAUAAUGCAUAUAAUAUAUCGCAUGCUAGAACACACACAUGCAUGUGGGUAAAUAUGUAACGCACACAAAGAAAUUUUAAAUGCGGAAAGUUGUCCACAGACAUACGUGCACAGACAUACAUAGUUUAAGCAUAUUAUUUAUACAAGCAUUAUAACCUCCAACGUACAUAUUUUUUUUUGUAAAAAUUUUUCAAAUAAAGAAUUCCAGUCGAUAUAAAAGAGAAAAACAUUCCAACAGAUAAAAUAGAUUUAUUAGACACAUGAUAAUUAAUUAAAUAAUUACCAUAAUUUCGUAUAAAUAAAUAUGUUUACCACUGUGGUCCCUAAUGGGUUGUGCUAAUUAAAAAAGAAAAUGUGAUGCAAAGAUAGAAAAGAUCUCUUCCUUCUUACGAUUUGAAACAGUAUUAAAUUUUAAUAUUAUAAUUCGGUUGUUUUUGUGUGAAAUUGGCUUUUGUUGAGAGGGCACAAGUAUGGUUUUGCUAUGCUAUGUUUUUAGCAAACACGUCUAUUGGAUAUUAUUUGUAUGAAUGAUACAAUUAGAAAACUAUUUGCCUGUGUGAAUACAUUUUUGAAAGACCAUUAUUUAUAUAGCUUUAUAUUUUUUUAUUAUACAUUGCUUAUAAUCUUGUUUUUUUUUUUUUUUUGGAUAUAAAACUAAAUUUAACAGUCGUAAAUUUUCCAUAAAUAUCUAAAAAUAAUGGAACUUAUUUUUAUAGCCUCUCACAAAAUGAAAUACCUACUUUAAAUAAUUCCGUCUUAAUUUUUUUUUUUACAUUCCUUAUACUUAAUGUUUGAUAAAUUAUUAUAUUUUUCUAUUUUAUUUAUGUAGUAUUUAUAAUAUUUUUAAAAAUAAUAUAAAUAUUACGCACUUAUCUAAUUCCAUUUUGUCUUCAAUCUAUCAUCAUGUGAAUCGUUCCUUUUUAUAAACAAAUUAAUUUACUUUAUUGUAACUUUUUUUAUGAAAUAUUUUACAUUAAUAUGUUAUUGAUUUCAUUGUAAUAAUAAUUUGAUCACUUUACAUAGUAGAGGCAUGCGUCUUUCAUUAAUGGCGUUAAUUGAUAUUUGUUUUACGUAAAAAUAAUAAUUUUGUGUUUUUAACUUAUUGAGUAAGUUGUGAUAUUAAAAAAUUGUUACUGCUAUUGCUUUGAUAUUGAGGUGACGAUGGUACGAAUUUAAAAUUAGAAAAUUGAAUCUCAAUUCAAUAAAUAGAUGAAUUUAUUAAUAUAUAUAUAUAUAUUACAUAUUGAAAAGUAAUAACUAUUGUGCCUAUUUUGGUGCUCUAUUUAAACUGUACAUUUGUCUUUAUAUUGUAAACAUAUAUGUAGUUCUCUAGUAAUGUAAUAGUUUUUAAUGUAGUGGAGAAAUAUAAUUUAGAUAAUA